GAAAGAACUAUAGAGAGGAUCUCCUGCAGUGUAUGUCAAAUGUUGUUGCUGCUGCCUAUACAGCUCUUUCUGCUUCAGUUUAUAUCUCAAAUUCCCUGUGCCAGUAUGCUGGUGAAAUGUCCAUUUAAGGUGAUAAUAGAAGAAAAGGAAUGGUUCCAUUACUACAAACCAGGAGACUACUGGAUUACUGCUAUAAUGUAUGGAAUGUCAUCUCGAUUGUAUGAAUUUUCAUUCUCCAAGCCUCCAACCCACCAACUGAUAAGUGAAAACACCUACUUCCACCUUCUGCCCUUCUUGUUGGCUGUUCAUGAGGUCAACCAGAAUUCAAGGCUCUUACCCAACAUCACCUUGGGCUACAACAUCUAUCAGAAUUUUUUCAGUGUAAGAAUGACAUAUGAGGCCAUGCUGGAUGUGCUGUCUACAGGACAAGAGAGCAUCCCAAACUACAGUUGUGGAAGACAAAAGAACCUGCUAGCAGUUCUUGAAGAGAUGGAUUCUGAACUAUUUAAUCAUAUUUCUAAUGUCUUGAGCAUCUAUAAAAUUCCACAGGUAUAGAGUAUAAUGGAAUUAAUUCCAAGUUGUAAAUUGUUCAGACUUGCUGAUAAAGCAGCAGUUGUAUAUAUUUCUCCAAAUAAAUUGAGAAUCAGAGAGUAAAUAUUAGAAGAACUGAAAGAAUUUUUAAUCCACAAAGUGUGUAAGUGUGUGUGGGUUUUUUUUUUUUUUGGUGUGUGUAUGUGUGCAUGCGCGUGUAUAAAUAUGUAUAUGUCAUAAUAUUCUUUCUUAUUUUGAACUGGAGCUUGGCACAAUGCCAGUUGUCUUGGAUUUUUUUUUAUAAAGUGAGGUUAUUAAACUGACUUCUGCAUUCCAGAUGC